UUUUUCAUCCUCUCAAAACACUUGCCUCUUCCUUCUUCCUUUGCUCUCUUUCUAUCUCUUUUUUUCUUUCGGAUUUUGAUUUUGUAGCCAAAUUCGGCCGUACCAGAGAGGCCAUAAACCUUAGUAGUUUCUGAAUUCUAGGUUUUUCUCGUGGGAUUUUUGUUGUUUUUCUCUUCUGAGAUGGCUCUGUCUCUAAGUUCUUCAACAGCCAUUCAUGGUUCUUUAUCUUCUUCAUCUUCACAUGAACAUAUUAAAGUGGGAUCAAAGUUUGGUUCUUUUCAGCCGUUGGAUCGGGCCAGUAUAUUGUCAACCCCAGCGAGGCGUUUGGUUGUGAAGCCAUUGAAUGCGGAGCCGAAAAGGAAUAACUCAAUAGUUCCGGCUGCGGCAACUAUCGCUGCUCCUGAGGUCGGAGAGAAAAUUGAGGUGGAGGACUAUGAGAAAUUGGCCAAGGAGCUCGAGAAUGCAUCGGCUCUCGAGAUCAUGGACAAGGCCCUUGCUAAAUUUGGGAAUGACAUUGCUAUAGCUUUUAGGUAAUAAUUUCGUAUACUCAACUUUACUAUGGUGUUUAUGUUAAAUGUUUACUGAUAAAGUUCCUUUGAUCGAUUUCUUUCUGGAACUCUUUCGUAUAGUUAUGUUUCGAUUUUAUCUGGAUUGUGAUGUUUUUAUUGAUAUGAUUACCAUUUUCAUUUUAUCUGGUUUGGAGUUUGGAUUUAGUAUAUCUAAUCAGAUAGGGAUUGUAUGGAUUAACUGAUGGCAAAAUUUUUAUUGGAAAUUUCUUUUUAGCUGUUUUGAGAAUGUUGCCGUGUUUCUUUUUUCCUUCUAAAGAUUGAAAUGCAUUUUGAAGUUAAACAGGGGUUCUGAUAAUUCCUUGGUUGUAUAGUACGUGAUCUAAUUGACAACCAACCUGUAUGUGAAAUGAAUCAUAAUUUUGAAGUAGCUGUUAAAUUUUGCUGCAGUGGUGCUGAAGAUGUGGCUUUGAUUGAGUAUGCCCGGUUGACUGGCCGUCCAUUUAGAGUGUUUAGUUUGGACACCGGGAGGUUGAACCCGGAGACCUACAAGUUUUUUGAUACCGUAGAGAAGCAGUACGGCAUUCACAUUGAAUACAUGUUUCCUGAUGCUGUUGAAGUUCAGGCUUUAGUUAGGAGCAAGGGGCUUUUCUCUUUCUAUGAGGAUGGUCACCAAGAAUGCUGCCGUGUAAGAAAGGUCAGGCCCUUGCGAAGAGCUCUCAAGGGGUUGCGUGCCUGGAUUACCGGCCAGCGAAAAGAUCAGUCCCCUGGCACUCGAUCUGAAGUACCUGUUGUCCAAGUAGAUCCAGUGUUUGAGGGUCUGGAGGGAGGAGUAGGCAGUUUGGUGAAGUGGAACCCUGUGGCUAAUGUUGAUGGGAAGGAUGUCUGGAACUUUCUUCGAGCCAUGAAUGUCCCUGUGAACUCCUUGCACUCACAGGGUUAUGUUUCAAUUGGAUGUGAACCUUGCACAAGGCCUGUUCUUCCUGGCCAACAUGAGAGAGAAGGAAGGUGGUGGUGGGAAGAUGCUAAGGCUAAGGAGUGUGGUCUACACAAAGGCAACCUCAAGGAAGAUAAUUUGAAUGGCAACGGAAAUGGAGCCAGUGUCCAUGCAAAUGGUACUACAACUGUUGCUGACAUUUUUGAUAGCAAGAACAUUGUUAGCUUGACCAGGCCAGGCAUUGAAAAUUUGCUGAAAUUGGAGAACAGAAGUGAGCCUUGGAUAGUUGUACUGUAUGCACCAUGGUGCAGAUUUUGCCAGGCAAUGGAAGGAUCAUAUGUUGAAUUGGCAGAGAAGUUGGCCGGGUCUGGUGUGAAGGUCGCAAAGUUCCAGGCAGACGGUGACCAGAAAACUUUCGCCCAGCAAGAACUGCAACUUGGCAGUUUCCCAACAAUUCUCUUCUUCCCCAAGUAUUCAUCAAGGCCUGUUAAAUAUCCAUCAGAGAAUAGAGAUGUGGAUUCUUUGUUGGCUUUCGUCAAUGCUCUCCGGUAACUAAUGCAGAUGAUCAAGAAUUUGGUCAGACUCGAUUGAAAAUCCUAUCCUAGCUUGUUCUAUAUACCCUCCUAGAACGACAGCCCAAUUUUAGUAGAAGGAUGAAAUGGAAUCUGAGAUCCAUAAUGGUGGAAAUCAGGUAAUGGAAGGAUACUAAAUAAUGUUGCUGGAGAUGUCUCUGUCAUAUACAUCUGCACCUUCCUCCAUGGCAGUUCAUAUGCCUUGUUUAGCUUAAUGGGGAUAUAUUUGUCCAUUGUUGUCUCCUAGCCCUUGUAUAUUGUUCACAUUUAGAGACUCUCCUUUUUUGUCUCUUUUAUAGUUUUCUUCUGGAUUUUGGUUUGGAGUAGCUCCUGGUGUAGUAAUGACUAGGGCAGGCAAUUGUUGGAGCUCAAUUUUGUUGACCUUUUUGUAAUGGAAAUAUUCUCGUAUUUCCUGAGUUUUAAAGUUUUAGAACUUCUUUUGUUGCAUAGAUAUUUUGCGACUUUGUCUCGUUCCAUGCUGGUGAAAAAAUUUCGUCUCAAACACGUUGCGGAAGGGAGAUUGUGGGAAUCUAACAAGAUAGUAUCAUCGAGCAACUUUUCGAAACUUUUACUGCUUGCGCUUAGGACUGAUUGUCGUCUCUCUUUGUGUUCCAUAAUUUCAAUCAAUAUAGAUGUUU